CUAUAAAUUCCCUGUUCCCAGAGAAGGGUUUCUGUGCCUGGCAAUACAGACACAUACUAAGGGAGACACACUUCAGCCGGCUAGCUCUCUGACUCUUUCUCCCUCUCACACGCACAAGCACAUACAAGAGGAUCUUUCUACCUGACUCCUCUUCUGCUGAAACCACUCAAAGCCACCCACCAAAGCCGAACCACGAACCACCAGGAAGCACGAGAGGAAUUACUGCACUGAGCAAAAGAACCGUUUCUAAUUUUGUAUCUUGACAUUUUGUUUAUUUAAAUUUUUUUUUCAAGCUUGUUGUACCAUGAACCUGCCUUUCGCUUGUUGCUAAGGAAAGUAAAAUAAAGAGGAGUGGACAAGGCAUUAUUUUGUUGCUAAGGCCAGGAGAGUGAAGCUAUGGCCCAGGCGCCCAAAGACCAGGCAGCUGUGGGAACAGCAGAUCCAGAUGAAGAUUCUCCAAAUAUGAUUGUCUACAGAAAGAUUGAGGACAUUAUUACCCAGAUACAGGAUGAAAAGGCAGGGGGCGUGCCAAUUCGGACAGUGAAGAGUUUUUUGUCCAAGAUUCCCAGUGUUGUUACAGGUGCGGACAUUGUCCAGUGGCUCAUGAAAAAUUUAAAUAUUGAAGAUCCAGUGGAAGCCAUUCAUUUAGGAAGCCUCAUUGCGGCUCAGGGUUACUUCUUCCCCAUUUCGGACCAUGUCCUCACACUAAAGGAUGAUGGGACAUUUUAUCGCUUUCAGGCUCCCUAUUUUUGGCCUUCACACUGCUGGGAGCCAGAGAACACUGAUUACGCCAUUUACCUUUGUAAGCGGACAAUGCAAAACAAAGCCCGUUUGGAGCUAGCAGACUAUGAGGCUGAGAACUUGGCCAGGCUACAGAGAGCAUUUGCCAGAAAAUGGGAGUUUAUCUUCAUGCAAGCAGAGGCACAGGUUAAGGUAGACAGGAAAAAAGAUAAGACAGAGAGAAAGAUUUUGGACAGCCAAGAGCGAGCAUUCUGGGACGUUCAUAGACCGGUGCCAGGCUGUGUAAACACAACAGAGAUGGACAUUCGCAAGUGUCGCAGGAUGAAAAAUCCGCAGAAAGUGAAGAAGUCAGUAUAUGGAGUGACAGAAGAGUCGCAGACAAGGAGUCCAGUGCACACGCCUGCACAGCCUGUCAGGAAAACCACCAAGGAGGAUGUCAGGAAGGAGAUCACAUUCCUCAAUAUGCAACUGGACAGACAUUGUAUGAAGAUGUCCAAAGUUGCUGAAAGUCUCAUGACAUACACAGAGCAGUUCUUGGAAUAUGACCCUUUUGUGUCAAUGCCUGAGCCGUCUAAUCCCUGGAUCAGUGAUGACACUACCUUCUGGGAUCUGGAAGCCAGCAAAGAACCCAGUCAGCAACGUGUGAAGAGAUGGGGAUUUUCACUAGAUGAGGCUCUGAAGGAUCCUGUGGGGCGUGACCUGUUUCUCAAGUUCUUAGAGUCAGAGUUCAGCUCAGAAAAUCUCCGAUUCUGGCUGGCUGUACAGGAUCUAAAGCGGCACCCCCUGCAGGACGUCCCAGCUCGGGCUCAGGAAAUUUGGCAGGAGUUUCUGGCAGCUGGUGCUCCCAGUGCUAUCAACCUGGACUCCCACAGUUACGAGCGUACCAGCCAAAAUAUCAAAGACCCCGGCAGGUACAGUUUCGAAGACGCACAGGAGCACAUCUACAAGCUGAUGAAAAGUGACAGCUAUGCGCGUUUCCUUCGCUCCAACACCUAUCAAGAUCUCCUUCUGGCAAAAAAGAAGCCUGAGAAUGAGCAGGGACGCCGAACCUCCCUAGAGAAGUUUACACGCAGUGUGGGCAAAUCACUGACAGGGAAGCGUCUGACAGGCCUCAUGCAGUCUUCCUGACAGAGUGGGGAGUCCAGUUGCUGAGGAGAUGCAGUCCUGCGAGGGGGGGGCAUCAGCAAGCUGGGUAGGAGGGAUGUGGGGGGACAGAGGGCAAACGGAGAGCUGACCACUGAGAUGAACCAAAUCCCUUCAACCCUCUUCACCCUCAUUGCUCAGUCACCGUGCAGCUCCAAGCUCGCUCCACAGGUGGUAGGGCAGCGAGCAAUAAUAAGUUGCCAAUAAAAUGUAACAAAACGGGAUAAUUUUGUGUUUAUGUAAUUUAUUUAAUAAUAUGCUGCCUGUUUUUUAUACAAAUGAAACUAAGAUCAACCUUUGUUUCUCAGUUAUUACACAUAAUAAGCUGAUAAAAAGUAAUCUACAGAAAUAUUUUUUAGUUACAGAUCAAUUUAUUACAACUUGUCAGAUUUUUAUCCUGCCUUUGUGUAAAACAUACAAUUAUUCCUCAGCAUGCUGUCAUGGCUGUCAACGAUAGCUGAUUAAGGUAUUCAAGAAGAAAUGUUUGCUCCCUUCGCUACAUUCCAAGGACAGCAUCCUGGAAGGGCUUUAGAAAAAGUGGUCUACAAGUACAUUAGUAUAAUUUGAAUUCUCAAAAGCUUAGUAUUACACAAAAUCCCCAUUUCAUUACAAAAAGAAAGAUAAUGUAAAGAUAUUAAUGCUUGUAUCAUGUAAACAUCAAGCCAAUGGUAGGAUUUACUCCCUGUAAAACAAGUACUGUUGUCUUAUAAAGAACAACAACUAACAUGCUUAAUAAUGCUUCUUAUAACAUUAGCUGUACUACUGCUCAAUAAUACAACAAAUGAGUGUUUCACAGGUAACACUUUAGGAGUUGCAAAUUCCACUUCGUAAAUGCAUAACAAUCAAGCUAUUAACACUAAAUUGUGCAUUUCUUAGGGCUACUAGAAGUGACAUUUGUUUAUGACUAUGUGAUUAAUCAUCACUAGGGGACAGUACCUACCAUGUUCUCUAAAUGGAUUUAUAGAUUCUAAAGUAGUUUCCAAUUUACAAAAUUACUUAAUUGUACUAGAUUCCAUUUUUCUUUCUAUGGCUCUAAAACAUGGAUGCCAGCGACACAAUACAUUGCAGGAAAUUCAUUUUUGUUUUUUGCAAAUAUAAUUUUUGGUUAUGUAUCUUAACCAAUACUAAUGUUCUUGCUUACUGAAAGCUUUAACAGACAGCAUCAUUCAAAAUCUACUCAGUGAUGUUAUCAGUGAGGUGCUUUCUCAGUUUGCCAACAGUUCAUAUCUUCACAAAAAAUAGUAUAGGCUCUGCUAUUUCAAUGACUUAAGCUUAUUUCAACACACCUAGAAUAAUAGUUACUGAGGAAUUCCAAAGCUUUAUUCAUCAGAAUCCAUCCUGUAAUGCAGCAUGAAGUAAAAGGAUUUUGUUCCUUAUUACAUAUUGCUUUGUUUAAUGUAUUUUAUACAAAGUGACUUCAAGGUUUUUAUAGUUAUAACCAUCAUAUAUGCUCUUAAAUGUAAUAAGUACACAAUAUUUGCAGACACACAAGUUAUAAUACAUUCAAUCUGGUGUCCAAUGAGAUUGCUCCUAAGAAGAUCAUUUUUGACUGAGAAAAUUUCUCCAUGUGGAGAAAUGUCCUCUUCAGAAAUUACGGCUCAGUAACAAAAUCUCAAUAUUUUAAAAUGUCUUUGAAGUAAACCUGGAGAUUUUGUAUUUGUGUGAUGACCAAGACUGAAGUGAAUUUAGUUGCAAGUAAUAUUACUGUUUCAAUGUGCAGUUCCAUGAUUUCUAUUGUGCUCACAUUUUUUUAAUUAUUUCAUUCUGAGAAGUUAUUUAAUGCCAAAGCUGGAAAGUAUUUUUAUCAUCUAACAAGCUGAUAUUUGCAAUGACCCAUUAGAUUAAUUGUGAAAAUGUCCACCUCCUUAUGCUGUAAUGGCUGUUAAAACAAGGUUUUGCUUAUGGUUAUAUUGAAUGUCAAAACAUUAUUAGCUUUUAAUUUAUUAGUUAAAAUAGGGCAAACAUAUUUCAGUGUUGUUUUCGUAAUUGUGUAAAAAGUAAAUAAAGUAUAUCUAGUUGCACUCACAAUUAUUGGCACCCUAUGUCUGAAAUAAAUGCUGUUCACUAAUUGAUAAAGUGCAAUAAAUACACUUUUAAACUAUACCUCUUCUAGUAAAUGGAAGCCAAAUUUGUCAUUAACAAACUUAUGAUACACAGUGCCAGUGCUUAUGUCUGCAACUACAAAGUAUUCAGUGAAAGCUGACUCAAGUGUGUCUCUGUAUGGGAUCAUAGAAAAAGAGCAGGGUUCUAUAGAUUAAUUGACUGCACCUUUGUACUGAAGGAACUACAGUGAUUGGGCUGCUUGCACUAAGUGCCUGAUGCUGAUCUUGUCAACCAUAGUCUUCCUCUUUGUGUUUCUUACAGUUAAAAUCAGAACUACUCUGUCAGUGAACUGAAAUUUGUCAUUUUUCAUUGUAUUACUGAAAUUUGUAAUUUAGAUCAAAAGAUAAAUAUGAAGGAAAUGUACAAAA